UAGUCCAAACCAAUCAGCUAAAAGAUGGCAGUUUGUUCGCUCCUUCCAGCACUUUCCCUCCAAUCCCCAUCCCUUUCCUUCCCAUUUUCUCGCCCACCAAACAGAACCCCAAAGCUCCCUCGCCUCUCUCUCGCUUCCACUUCAAAGCCUUCUUCUCUCUUUCCAACCAAUAAACUCUCUCUCCCUCCUCUCCACAGUCUCGGUUUCAUUCAAUCCAGAAACAGCAAUUCUAGUAAUAAUUGCAUCGUUUCUUCAGUUUUCGAUUCCUUCUUUAUUAUCUGCACUUCACUCGCCCUUUCUUUCUCGCUUUUUGUAACCGAUGUAGGAGCAGCCUCAGCCUUUGUGGUAACCCCUCCUCGGAAGUUACAGUCCGAUGAGUUGGCUACUGUUCGUCUUUUUCAAGAGAAUACUCCCUCCGUUGUUAAUAUCACCAAUCUCGCCGCCAGGCAGGACGCUUUUACAUUGGAUUUGCUGGAGGUUCCACAAGGAUCUGGCUCGGGUUUCGUUUGGGACGAAGGCGGCCACGUUGUCACCAAUUAUCAUGUGAUCCGUGGUGCUUCUGAUCUCAAGGUUACUUUUGCUGAUCAGUCGACUUACGAUGCGAAAGUUCUUGGAUUCGACCCAGACAAGGAUGUUGCCCUGUUGCGUGUUGACGCGCCGAAAGACAAACUAAGACCUGUUCCCGUUGGUACCUCAGCAGAUUUACUUGUUGGCCAGAAAGUUUAUGCAAUUGGUAACCCAUUUGGACUAGAUCAUACACUUACAACUGGUGUUAUCAGUGGACUUCGCAGAGAGAUCAGUUCCGCGGCAACGGGUCGGCCGAUUCAAGAUGUUAUACAGACAGAUGCCGCGAUUAAUCCUGGUAAUAGUGGAGGACCACUCCUCGAUAGUUCGGGAAAUCUUAUCGGGAUAAACACUGCUAUAUAUUCAACUUCUGGUGCAUCUUCUGGUGUUGGAUUUUCGAUUCCAGUCGACACGGUUAGUGGCAUCGUUGAUCAGUUGGUGAAGUUUGGGAAAGUGACCAGACCUGUUUUAGGUAUUAAAUUUGCACCCGAUCAAUCCGUCGAGCAGUUGGGAGUAAGUGGCGGGCUCGUCUUGGACGCUCCUGCGAACGGUCCAGCCGGCAAGGCGGGUUUGCGACCUACAAAGCGCGAUGCAUAUGGUAGACUCAUUUUGGGCGAUAUAAUAACAUCCGUUAACGGAAAGAAGGUCACCAAUGGCACGGACUUAUACAGAAUUCUUGACCAGUGCAAAGUCGGCGAUAAGGUUACAGUCGAGGUCUUGCGCGGUGACCGUACGGAGAAGAUCCCGGUAGUUCUCGAGCCACAGCCGGAUGAGACGUAAAAUGUCUUUUUGAUAUGCUGUGUAUUCAUUUCGUCAAUGUUAGGGUUCGCAAGGACUUU